AUGGGAUCUCAUGGUGGAGCAAUCCAAGCGCCAAAGGCAGGACCUUUGGCUAGAGAAGGAUCUUUGUACAAUCUCACACUUGAUGAGGUGCAAAAUCAGCUUGGAAAUUUAGGGAAACCCUUAGGAAGCAUGAAUCUAGAUGAGUUACUCAAGAGUUUGUGGACAUCUGAAGCUGCUCAAGCUUCUGGAUUGGAUUCUGGUACUACUGAUGCUUACAUGCAACAGGGUCAACUAGCUUCUGGGUCAUCGAUGAAUCCGCUAGCACUUUCCGGUGAUCUUAGCAAGAAAACCAUUGAUGAGGUUUGGAGAGAUAUGCAACAGAAGAAGAGUUCUAGUCAAGAUAGGAGAACAGCUACACUAGGUGAGAUGACUUUGGAAGAUUUCUUGAUGAAAGCUGGUGUGGCUACUGAAUCUUUUCCGACAGAGGAUAAUGCUAUGUCAGGAAGGAUUGAUUCUCAACAACAGCACAAUACAUCUCAACAUGGUCAUUGGAUGCAGUUCCAAAUCCCUCCGGUGCAACAACAACAGCAUCAGCAUCAGCAUCAAAAUCAUCAGAAUAAUAUGAUGCCUGGUUUUGCAAGUUAUAUGGCUAGUCAUGUGGUUCAACAGCCGGUUUUGGAUGCAGGAUACAAUGAAGCAAUGGUGAGUAUAUCACCGGCUUCUUUAAUGGCUACUUCAUCGGAUACACAAACUCAAGGUAGGAAAAGGGUUGCCUCUGGUGUUGUGGUAGAGAAAACUGUGGAGAGGAGGCAGAAGAGGAUGAUUAAAAAUAGGGAAUCUGCAGCUCGGUCGCGGGCUAGAAAACAGGCUUACACACAAGAACUGGAGAUCAAAGUUUCACAUUUAGAAGAAGAAAAUGAACGGCUUAAAAGACUACAUGAGAUGGAGAGAGUAUUGCCAAGUAUGCCACCACCAGACCCUAAGCAUCAGCUUCGCAGAACUAGCUCAGCUCCCUUUUGA